AAACGCUCACGACAACACCACUGGAUAACAACAUCACCACAGGUACAUACAGAUACCUUCGUAUCCUUCUCUCUCCUAUAGCUCCACGACAACCCCGCACAUCCAAAAUGGCGAGUCCAGGCGGCCCUCCCCCCAUGCAGCCGGGGCAACAACCAACCCCAGAGCAGAUCCAGAUGAUGCAGCGCCAGCUCGCCGCCGACGCCGCGAAGCAGGGCGUCUCUGUCCCCGAAUUCAUAGAGAUGCUCAAGAAGCAGCAGCAAGAGAGGGCACAGCAGAUGCAGCAGCAGCAGCAGAUGCAGCAGCAGCAGGGCGGAGGCGGAGGCCAACUUCCCCCCCAAGGGCAACCACAGCCGAUUACUCCUGGCCCGCCUAACCCAGCUGCUAUCGCCGUCGCCAAUUUCCUCAGGAGCCAGGACUUGAAACCGCGGACGUGUAUUCUGAAUGGCCAGCGCAAGGAUAUGUUCAAGGUCAAGCGCGCCCUUCGCGCCCUCCAAAGCCCGGUCUACGAGAAGGCCCGCGCCAAGAACGCCCUCCUACCUCCCAUCACCGACCGUCCCUCCCUCGAAAACGUAUUCAAGCUUCUCCCACUCUCUCUCCUCGCUCUGCGCGUCACCAAGAUCGACCCGCAUGAGGGUCACGACCAUGGCCCAGUUGCCAAGGGCAAGCGCGUCAAGGGGCUGUGGACGGUGAAGAUCGAGCAGCAGCAGGAGUGUCGUGAGGAGCUGCACUUUGUGUGGCUGUACGAGGGGUCGCAGGUCAUGACGAAGCUGUAUGCUGCUGGUGCGCUGGCGAUUGUGUUUGCCAUCGUCAUGUUCCCGCUUUGGCCCAUGAAGAUGCGCUUGGGGGUGUGGUAUCUCAGUAUGGGUAUGCUUGGGUUGAUUGGUCUUUUCUUCGCUAUGAGCAUCUUCCGUCUUAUUCUCUUCGGUCUUACGUACUUUGUGGUGCCGCCGGGACUCUGGCUGUACCCUAACCUCUUCGAGGAUGUUGGAUUCUGUGACAGCUUCAGGCCCGUGUGGGGAUGGCAAGAGGAGAAGAAGAAGUCCAAGAAGAAGUCCAGCAAAGCCGCCACCUCCUCUGGCAUCUCGGCAAGACCACUACAAGUCCCCGGCCAACCUCCCGCAGCUUCCGCAACAACCACCUCGUCGUCCGCACCGCAGAUGUCGACGGCGACACCUGUAAAUCGAAACUUUACGCCGCGGGUGGAGGAGGUGUUCGACGAGUAGGGUGCUGUAGACGGGAGGGGGUGGUCAGGAAGGUUGGGCGAGUAGAAUGGGUCGGGGUUAUGUGAUGGGAAUGGCGACGGAGGUGUUAUGUAUACGUACACUGGGUAAUUUAAGCUGGAGUAAACGAUGCUAUCUUUGACUUUCGUAGGAUGUUAAGUUUGCUGUUGAGGACAGGGUGGUGAAGAUUAUGUAUGUACUUGUGGUCUAUGUAGCUUGAUCCAACUUUCUCCUCCAACUAUUUCCAAUCGAUGCCAGGCUCGCCACCUAAUACACCUACCU